GGACUGAUGGAUGGACGGAGGGUGUAACAGUGUAAUGUCCAGAAAUGGUCAGGUUGUAAGUGCAGUUUGACCCUUCAGUAUCUGGUCAGCAUGGAGACAGGAGUCUGCAUGUGUUGGUUUUAAUCUGCUGGAUCCUGCAUUUCAUCAGCUGGAGUUCAGAGCCUCUCUCGUGUUGCCAACAUCAUGUUCCCUCAUAAAGGCCAUCAUCAUCCACACAGACACAAGGACUAAUUACAGUUAAGUUAAACGCAUGACACAUAGAUAUUUCUUUACCCCAGAUCAGAGCAUCCGGUAUCAAGAAGGCGUGUUUUCUGAGGUUGUCUUGGUAACAUCCCUUAACAUGGCACGCUCUGAUUUGUUAAGAAAUUAGUAUGAGAAUAUAAACACAUAGCUCACUUUACGGUGAGUCAGUUCUAGAGGAAGCUACGGAAACGGCCGUCCGUAGUGAAGUCUCUUUAACCCAGAAGCAACCUUUGACACGCCGUCAAGGUUGCUGCAAAGCUGACACAGCAAACGGUUCCUGCAGAACAAAGCUGAUUUUGUUCCGACUCGGUUCCAUCCAUCUGUUGUGACCCGGGACAUCUCUGGACUGGAGAGUCGGUGCUACGGGGAUUCUACGGCCCUCGGUGCCAGAGGUCAUCCGACCUCUCUGACCUUCGGAUCCACGAAGAGGGUCUCCAAAAAAAGGGUGAAGUAGACACACAGAUAGCGUCUGAUGCCUUUGUGAUAAUAAUCAACUUCAUAGUUUAACGCAAACCAAAUUCUUUCCUUUUUACGCCCAGAACUCAGCUCGUCUAGAUAGGAAGUUCUGAUAACAUCAUGUUCACACAUAGGCACCAUACAUCACAUCACCUAGAUCCAUCCAUCACAGUAAAUAUUAGUUAACGUGUCGUGUUUUAAUUGUUUGGAAAAUAAAUUCUUAUUUUUACAAAGCUGACUCUUUCCUGAAUCAAGACCAAGUGUUUACAAUCCCUGAAUAAACAAAGAAUCCUAGAAUCUUCUGAUUAAACAUCCAAAGACCAAGCAGGCUGAUGAUCUAUAUGUAGAUAGAGUAUUACAGCUUAUUAGUCGUGAGUAGAGGUAAUAUAUUAAGCUCUUAAAGCACUACGUGUACCAACUCCUACAACAGCAUUAACAGAAAUGACAAACUUUGGUACCAAUAAAGGAUGGUUCUGUUCUGCUCCUCAUACAUCUAGACCAAGUUCUGACCCAAACCCUGACACACUUGUCACAACUCAGGAAAAGUUAAACUGGUCUAAAUGUAUUUCCUCCUGUCCAGCUCUGUUCCUGGUGGACAACCACCAUGAGGUCUACUUGUGGCAAGGCUGGUGGCCUAAGGACAGUGAGUGUCCAGGCUCCACUCAGAUUCGCUGGGACUCUGCCAGGAGAAGAAAACGAGAAGGAACUUCCCAAAGCGUAUCUGGUCCAUGCCGGCCUGGAGCCACCGACUUUCACCAACAUGUCCCCCUGCUGGGAGCACAGGGAGGACGUCGCUGACAUCACUGAGAUGGAGGCAGAUGUGUGUAACCACAUUGUCCUGGUGGAGGACGUGUUGGCCCGACUGUGUAGGACCACCCACCCACUGGCAGAACUUCUCGGCCACUGCCUGAGGGAGCUCUACCUGUCUGGUGAAGACUUUCAGGUGAGAGGCUGCAGCUAGAGGACAGUGGAGCAGGGUCACCUGCUGCAGUCCUGCAGAUCUGAUCUGUUUCCUGUUCCAGCUCACCUGAAUCAAGUGAUGUGUAGCUCCUCAUGCUACUGAUGCAUCAGAGUGAGGAAGCGUGAUGUUUGCGGGACUGGAGUGGGCGCCCUCCGGCCGUAGACGAUUUUGUGAUCCGUGUCUGACGCUGAUGGGAAGGAAGCCCUAAAGAUGAGCAAACAGGAGUAUGGGAUCAUGCCUGGAUGGAAACAGCUGCAUGCUUCUGUCACCUGCAUCAGCCAGCUUCUACAGGGUCUAGAGGGUUAAAUGAAGGGAAGAAAGGAGUGACUGUGUGAAAUGAACACUACUCAUGUACAUAUGCACCUGCCCUGUGCCCUUAGCCUGCCAACCCUCACCGUUCGCAGUGGCAGCAGGUGUGUCACUGCCAGACAAGGUCCUCUCCAUGUUUCUUUGUGCAUCACAAAUAAUUUAUAUUUAAAGCAAAGCCAUGGAUAAAUUUAUAUAUAUAUAUA